GACAGAGUUUUCCAACUUUGACGUCUCCGUCAAAAUUUGAUUUCUCUUCUGUAUUUGACGACGACACUUCAAUCAAAAUCUGGAGUCAGAUACAGUUCCCUAGAUCGAGAAUCUCCAGGCGCUUUGUAAUCCUGUUUAGUAUAUCUUUGUCAAGUUCUCUGUCAGAGAUUUACCGGGAAUCGAUCAGAAGAUAUGAACUGGGUUCAACGCAAAAUCUACCUUUAUAAUGUCACAUUCGGGCUCUACAUGCUUGAUUGGUGGGAACGAUACCUCUUCAAUUCUUUGGUGGUUGUUUUGAUGUGGUUCGUUUUAUACAACGGUACUCGCUACUUUUCGGAGCUUUUCCAGAGGCAUUUGACAUGAAAACAUGUCUUGUUUCUCGCACAGUAGAGCACGAAAAGCCUAGAUCAUCCAAAGGCAUGUACGUUUGGUUCCAAUUUCUGAGACGUAUACCAGCAAAAAUCCCUCUUUCGGCGUCACCUCUGUUUUUGUUAAUUUUCCUCCAAAGGCUCUAGGACAGUUCUUAUGUCUCUAUAUUAUUUGUUCCCAUGUUUUUGCAAUUAACAGAAAUGAUUUUGUAGACUCGUAAGAUCGCAAGUCUUCCUGUUGUAUUUCCAGUUCACUUAGAGACAUAAUAACAUAGUUGCAGGAGUUAAUGAACUUGCGGAUUACAUAUAACA